AUGCAGGAGGAUGGCCGUCGUGACCAGGGCCUGGGUCGCUCUCCCAACCUGUCUUCGGCCUCUCCCCGCUUCGUCGGCGACGGCGGCAUCGGGAUGGAGAUCGGCGGGGACGGCGAGGGGGCCGACGGCGCUGACGGCGCUGGCAGCGUGGACGGCGCUUUUGCCACGGAGGCGCCCGCGCGCGGGCCCGAGCGGCUCCUGGCGCUGCGCCGCCGCGUCUUCGCGGGGACCGUGGCCCUCACGGUCGACCGCGACAUCCGAACCCCGGGCUGGCAGUGCGACGGCGGCGAGGUCGACCCUCCGGUGCCCUCGGCCUCAGAGGCUGCCGCUGGCCGCCAGUGGCUCCGCCCCCAGUUCGGCCCAGGGUCCCCGUGGCGGGCGUGGGCGAGCAAGGAGCGGCAGCGGCGCCAACCCACCUGA